AUGGGCUAUACUAGAAAAGUAUUCAAUAAUAUUAACGACACAAUCACUGAAUUGGACAGUUCGUUUUAUCUGUACAUGAUUAAUAUUCUGGAGUGUAUGUCCACUAUUGUCAAUAUAAUGGUAUACAUAUACAUCGCGUCUGUCAGGAAACAUAGCCCGGAGUUGGAGUUAAUUUUAAGCAUUAUAUACCCGGCCAUCAAGAUUGUCGCCCAUUGUAUGAUCCAUGGGAUGACACAGACAUCUGCGCAGACAUUCUUUAAACAAUUGGACAAAAUAGAUGUGGUGGAGAUGUCUGAGCCCCAGCACCGACACUACCUGUCCCUUAAAUUACAAUCCGUUAACACAUAUAUGGGUUUCACAAUCGCGGGGUUUAUACCCUAUAAUAGGAGUACAUUACUCGCUACGCCGAUUGGUUGCCCCUUACGAGACGGGCGCUCCCUCUACAUCAGACCCACUUUCAUAGGUACGGAGGCGGCGCUGGGGGUCGAGAGCGCCAACGACGCCAUACUGUACGUCAUAUGCGGACCGGUGGGCCCGUAUUUCGCCGCCGGUGCCGUCCAACCGGUGUCCCUAUUGGCCGACCCGGGCUUCGUAAGGGCCUGGUCGGGAGGGGUGGGCAACAAGAAGGUGGGCGCCAACUACGGGCCCGCAAUGGCCCUGCAGGGCGUCGCCGAGAAGAAGGGCUGUCAGCAGGUGUUGUGGUUGUAUGGGUCGAACAUCAGCUCACAGAAUCGGGUCUCAUACCGGGUAACCCGCGUGUCGCUCAUGGAGUUGACUGAAUCGUGGGGUGAGUUUCGGGUGUCGGAGCGCGUGAUAACGAUGGCUGAAGUGCGACGACUGGUCAAAGAGGGCCGGAUGUUAGAGAUGUUUGGCGCGGGAACGGCGUGUAUAGUGUGCCCGAAAGGGCGCAUACACUUCCAGGGCGAGGACAUCGUAAUCCCGACGCCACCAAAUGCCGGGUCACUUCAGAUGCGACUAUUCAAGAGUUUGCAAGACAUUCAGUACGGAAAGGUAGCCCACGAGUGGGCACUAGUAGUGGACUAA